AUGUUCAAGAAAGUAGAAAACUUGAUGCUGGGUUCUUUUCUUCCUCAUGGAUGUAUGGAUCUUAACCCCCAAAACAUGGAUAGAGAAACAGUACUGAGCCAUUCCAAGGGAAAGGCCACCCCAUUCCAGGUGGAAAUUCUUAACCUGGCACCUUCUUUUUAUCAGCUUCCUGGCAACUCCUCCUUGGAAUUUGAGGAGGCCUUUUGGGCCCUCUUACCCUCACUCCGUUGGUUCCUUGUUCCUCUGACCCUCCUCACUGCUGCCACACUGGCCUUGAGCCCCCUCCUCCUGGCUACCAUCCUGUUGAAGAAGAAAUUCCGGAGGGAACCUCGUUACUUGCUUUUUGCUAAUGUCAUGCUCUCAGAUCUGGCCUAUAUCCUGUUCCACGUGCUGAUCUCUACAAGUAACCUCAUCGGUUGGCCCCUUGGGCGAAUUGUCUGUGGCAUCCUCACAGAUGUUGUAUUUAUCUCCUAUGCAAGUACCAUCUUAUCCUUCACCGUGAUGGUGGCAGACACCUACCUUGCUAUCAUGCUGCCCCUUCGCUAUGUCUCCCUCAUGUCCUGCGCCACUGCCAGGAAGGCGGUGGCCGUGAUUUGGGUGGUGGCCUGCUUCUUUCCCACCUUCCUGGUCUGGUUCAGCAAACGGCAGGAUUCUACAUUGACACAUGAGUCCUCGCUGUGUAUCCUGCAGCUGACUCUGAGUUCCAAUUCAGACAGCAACCACAUGAUCACCACUGUCCACAUUUUCAUCUUCUGUGUUCUCUUUGUCUGUGCAGCUCUGAUCGCCUACUGCUAUGUGAAGAUCUAUCACACAGCCAGGACGUCAAGCCUUUGUAUGAAUCGUUAUUCUAGGGCCAGGGGAACGCUGCUGAUUCAUACGAUGUUAAUUGUACUGUAUAUCAGUCCGGUGGUGGUUUUUGCUGUGGAUAUUAUGCUGUCUAGGAACUAUCACAUUCAAAAUAAUUCCCGAUUAUGGCUGAUGGCCAUUAACAGUGAAAUACUAAUGCUGCUUCCCAGAGCCCUGUUGCCUUACUUAUAUGGACUGAGAUACCGGCAGCUUCUCCAGACUCUGAAAGGCUUAGUCUCUAAGAGAAGGACCAGUGAUAUUCAAACAAUUUCCUUUAGUUAG